UCCUUUCACCCCAAUUUCUUCUCUUCUCCUUCUCUGUGGCUCUCUUUCCUCUUUUACUCCCUCAUCUUGUUUUUGUUUUAAAGUCUUGCUCUGUACCCUAGGCUGGGCUCAACAGUCCUCAACAAACCUCCUAGCUUAGCCUACCUUUACUCUUUUACAAUUUUUUUUUUCUUGUUUAUAUACUUAGCUGGCGGGGGAUAAGCCAUGAUCACAAAGGCGGUUUUCUCAGGGCAAGGCUUGUCCCUUGCACACCAGAUGUGCUGACCCCUGAGAUUUCCCCAGGUGUGGGAAACUCAACUGUAUAAUUUGUGGUAGCGGGAACUGUGUUCAUGCUAUGUAGUAUUCUUGCUAUGUAGUCCUGACUGGCUGGGAGCGGCAGAGACUUGGGAGUGCUGAGACUCAAGGCACCACCUGGCCUGGCUCCUGCUUCUCCCCUUUGACCUCUUCUCCCACCUUUCACCUUUCCUUUUCCUCUGCUUUCCUUCGAGUUUCUCCAAUUUGAUCCCUUUUCCUGGUGGGUGGUUCCCUGCAGCUGCUCUCUCUCACAUGGGUCCCCUGGGCUCCCCGUCCCUCUUCACCCAUCUCCCCACCAGCUCAUCAUCCAGGGUUCUGUGGCCCAGGCUGUCACCAGCGAAGAAACCAAAGGCGACUCCUUUACCAUGGUUCUGGGCAGCGCGCUGGCUGUUACCGUAGCUAUCCACGUGGCAGGCGAUGUCUCAGGAGCCCACCUAAACCCAGCCUUCUCUCUGGCCAUGUGCUUGGUGGGACGCCUCUCCUGGGCCAAGUUCCCCAUUUACUGCUUUGUGCAACUGUUGGCGGGUUUCUGUGCCUCAGGAGCUACUUACAUUCUCUACUACGAUGCCCUCCAGCACUACACAGGCGGGAACCUGACAGUGACUGGUCCCAAAGAGACAGCCUCAAUUUUUGCCACCUAUCCUUCUGCCUAUCUGUCCCUGAACAAUGGCUUCUUGGAUCAGGUCCUGGGCACCUGGCUGCUGAUUGUGGGGCUGUUAGCUAUCCUGGACAGACGGAAUAAAGGAGUGCCCGAAGGUCUGGAGCCUGUGGUGAUAGGUCUGCUGGUCCUUGCCAUCGGAGUAUCCAUAGGUGGCAACUGUGGCUUUCCUAUUAACCCUGCCCGGGACGUGGGCCCACGGCUCUUCACCUACUUUGCUGGGUGGGGUCCUGAAGUCUUCAGGGCCGGUGACGGCUGGUGGUGGGUGCCUGCCGUGGCUCCUAUGGUGGGGGCCACCCUCGGCACAGUCACAUACCAGCUCCUGGUGGCUCUGCACCACCCUGAGGAUCUGGUAGCAGCUCCUCUGGAGGCUUCAGACUUGGGAACUCCACCUCAGCUGGAGUGUAAAAUGUAAUGCUACCAACCUUCUCUCACUCUGCAAGAUCACCAUGAGCGGGCCAGCUUGCAAGACUUUCUGUGUAUUAAUAUGCCAGCCCCCGGAACGCUUCUGUUUACCCAUCCACUCUUGCUUAGACUGGGGAGAACCAGUAGACAAGAUCAGACGCUUCCACUGGUCUCCGGACGCUGAGGGCCUCUAGGCACGCAGUUCCCUAAAGAGGCCGCCAGGGGGUGUGCACACUGGCCGCUGGCUUUGGGAAGGUUUCUAGAAGCGUUUGGGUGGUGGGUGGGCUACUACCAUCCUUUCAGGGGUAGUGCCCACGAGCGUCUGGAGAGAAGCUUGGUUUCCAGUGUCUGACUCCCAGCCCCUCUUUUUUCCUUAGUAUAUAUUUCUCUAUGUAACCCUGUAACUUUCUAUGUAGAACACACUGGCCUUGACUUCAGUCUCCUCUGCUGGGAUUACAGCGUGUGACCAACACACCCAACAAGAACGAUUCUUUUAUAAACCAAAAAACAAACUCAACAAAA